AUGGCAAAGUACGAUGUGGACGGUGCUGAUGUGCUGAUAUUGAGAGAUAAACUGGACAAGGUAUCACAUAUUACUCACAGGAUCAAUGUGUCUCUAAGGAGUAUCAGUAAGACGACUGCACAGUCCAAUGAGCUUUUCACGCCUAUUAUGGAAUCAAAUCUGAGACUGGGAACCCUACAACAAAACAUUGAGAGCAGCCUUGAUGCUAUCUCAUCCAUCAAAGACUUGGCUAACGAUGCUUCCAAGCAUGAAUUAGUCUUGACGCAAAAGAUUGAUAAAGUUGGAUUGAGACACUACAUCAAGGCAAUCUGGAAGCUGCGAAAUAUACAGGACAGCAUGGAUUUCCAAAAACAGAGUUCACCAGAUUCACAAGAGUUUCAAGGUGUCAGGACUCAUUUGUCGAAAGUAGUUCACUCUAGUGAGACCGAAUUGCGUACUUAUUUCGGUUCUAUCUUACGGAAAAUCGAACCCUUCGACCCUCAGAUCAUGUUGAACAAAAAGAUCCCCUUUCCCUACUACGGAGAUGAGGACAUCAGUGAACUCAGCAAUAUAGUAGCUUAUUUCGGUACAGGAGAUUCUUUGUCUCUGACUUCGGUGGUCACCAGCAACCGUUCUCAGCUGAUUCUCAAAAGCUUAGCGUUCCUCGAGCCUUUUUCGAAGGAAAUCACAAGUAAUCCUAACGUUCCCUACAGGAAGGGAAGCAGUGGAUUCCUGAAUUAUAACGAGGCCCUUUUAGGAUUCAUUGCCAAUGAGUCCAAUUUUACUGAAGACCUUUAUGCCAAAAGCGUUGAAACCAGAAACGAGGUUUUAGCACAGAUAUUGUUACCGGUAAUGGGAAAAUACAUCAAACUUUUAAAAACCAAUAUUGACUUAGUCAAAGCAAACCUGUCUAAUGUGGGUCUCUUCACAUUUGAACUUGCCGAAUGCAUCACUCACGUUUUAAAGAUGCUCAAAAAUACUCGUCUAGCUGACUAUCCUGCUAUUUUGAAUUGCCAUCAGGAAACAACAUCCAUUUUGCACUCGUUAUUCAGGGAUCUGAUGAGUUACAUUGAUGGAAAAGCUUCGCAGCUUUCUCAGCUACCAAGUGAUAAUGGUGUGAUCGAGCCGACGAUAGAUGUGAUGUCUCGAUUGCGCAAAUUCAGCGAAUAUAAGCAAGGAUGUUUGAGCAGCAUUUCUGGAAUGAGAAGAAAUGAGUGGUUGCCUAAAAACUUUCAUGAAAAAGAAUACACACUUCAAGAACGCCGCGCCAUAGACCAGCCAAAUGAUUUACUGUCAUGUUUCUUCAGCGACUGCAUUGACUGUCUGGUUGUUUCACUCGAUAGACGCGCCCAACAGAUCCUCAUGCCCAACCAAGAACCAGAUAUUGCUAACCCAAACAGUGUUCGCAACACUCAUAAACAGCGUAUUGGUUUUUUCCUGAUUACCAAUAUCACACUAAUAGAGCAAAUCGUGCUGAGAUCAGAGCUAACCUCGAUUCUUGGCGAGCAAGGGAAUGCUCGUCUGGAAAAGCUCAAAAAACGAUACGUCGGGUACUUUAUUUCUGACUGGAGAAGCUUGACUUCAAAUCUACUCGACGCUGUCUUCGUAGAUAGCUCAGGUAAGGUCUCAUCCAAAGAUAAAGACCAAAUAAAAGAGAAAUUCAAAAAAUUCAACGAUGGCUUCGAGGAAUUGGUGUCUAGCUUCAAGCAUUUCAAAAUAUCCGAUCCUACAAUGAGAAAGCUUCUGAAAAGUGAGGUUAACUCCUUAGUUUUACCGCUUUACGAAAGAUUUCAUGGACGUUAUAAAGACUCUUUCAAGAACCCUAGAAAACACAUCAAGUACACACCAACGGAGCUGGCUUCUGUUCUCAAUUCAAUAGAUCGAUAA